AUGCUGGAGAAUGGCUCCUUAAGGAACUGCUGCGGGCUGGGCGGCCGAGGGGGCUUCGGCUUCUCCCAGCGAGGGGAGGCCGAGGCGGCGGCAGAUGCAGAAGCGGAGGCGGCCGGAGGAGAAGUAGCAGCGGGAGCGGCGGCUGGGGCAGCAGACCCCAGGCCGGGCUGGGUAGUCGCGGCGCUGUCCAGCGUGCUGAUCUUCACCACCGUGGUGGAUAUCGCGGGCAGCCUGCUGGUCAUUAUCUCGGUGUUCAAGAACCGCAAGCUCAGGAAUUCAGGUAAUGCAUUUGUGGUGAGCCUGGCCCUGGCAGACUUAGUGGUGGCCUUGUACCCUUUCCCCUUAGUGCUCAUGGCCAUCUUCCACAAUGGCUGGUCCUUGGGGGAUAUGCACUGUAAAGCAAGCGGCUUUGUGAUGGGACUGAGCGUCAUCGGCUCCAUCUUCAACAUCACUGCCAUCGCAAUCAACAGGUACUGCUACAUAUGCCACAGUUUCACAUAUGACAAAGUGUACAGCUGGUGGAACACCAUGCUGUACGUCUGCUUGAUUUGGGUGCUGACGGUUAUCGCCACGGUGCCCAAUUUUUUCGUCGGCUCUCUCACGUACGACCCGCGCAUCUAUUCGUGCACCUUCACCCAGACAGCCAGCUCCUACUAUACCAUCGCUGUGGUCGUCAUCCACUUCGUCGUGCCCAUCGGCAUCGUGUGCUUCUGCUACCUUCGAAUCUGGAUCCUGGUGAUCCAAGUGCGGAGGAGAGUAAAAUCAGAAGUCAAGCUGAGGCUGAAGCCGAGUGACUUCAGGAACUUUGUCACCAUGUUUGUUGUGUUUGUGAUCUUUGCCUUCUGCUGGGCGCCGCUGAACUUCAUUGGGCUGGCUGUGGCCAUAAACCCGUCUGGAAUAGCGCCCAGGGUUCCCGAGUGGUUGUUUGUGGUGAGCUACUUCAUGGCCUACUUCAACAGUUGCCUUAACGCAAUAAUCUAUGGACUUCUGAACCAAAACUUCCGGAAGGAAUACAAACGGAUCUUAAUGUCAUUGUGGGUGCCGAGGCUGCUUUUUCAUGACACUUCCAAAGCAGGGACCGAAGUUCAGAAGAGCAAACCGUCUCCUGCUUUAAAUAACAAUGACCAGUUCAAAACUGAGACCUUGUAGAUAAGGGGACAGUGGGCGCAAAAGGGCACCGUUUUGUGAAUUCCAACAAUGCUUUUCUUAAAGUUGUACAUCUUGUUCCUGCUUACCCUGCCCUGUCUUGUCCCCCACCGAAGGAGCGUGCUGUGACGGCUGGAAUCUUGUCUUCUUGACAACGCACCUUCUGUUUACAUCUUUCUAUAUUUGAUAGCUAGGUAUCAAUAUGA